AAGUUUACACCGUUCAUCCAGCGUUCAACUCAUAUUUCAACAUUUUUCUGUGACAAACUACGAAUAUCAGCGUUUUCUCUUUUCUUGCCAGCAGCUAUGGCCCAGGAAGUGUGCAUGUUAAAGGCACAGCUGAAGGACAAAGAAAAAGAGAUCGCUGCUCUGAAGAGUAAACUAGAACAACUGGAAAAGAGCCACACCUCAGUACCGGAGCUGCAAAGCACAGUGACACCUUUAACUCCUCUGACAACCAAACCGUCUCUUAGCAACGAGGACAUCCUGCGGUACAGCAGACAGCUACUUCUACCUGAACUUGGUGUCAAAGGCCAGCUACAUUUAUGCAAGACUUCAGUGCUGAUUGUGGGCUGUGGUGGACUGGGCUGCCCCCUGGCGCAGUAUCUGGCAGCAGCGGGCAUUGGACGCCUGGGCCUGCUGGACUAUGACGAAGUGGAGCUCAGCAACCUUCACAGGCAGAUCCUUCACGGGGAGGAGAACCAGGGCCAAGCCAAGUCUCUGUCCGCUGCAAGAGCAGUCCGACGGCUGAAUUCCACAGUAGAGUGUGUUCCCUACCACCUGCAGCUCUCACCGGAGAACGCCUUGCAGCUCAUCCAACAAUAUGACAUUGUGGCUGAUUGUUCAGACAACGUCGCCACUCGGUAUCUGGUCAACGACGCCUGUGUGCUCAGUGGGAAGCCACUCGUGUCAGCAAGUGCCUUGCGAAUGGAGGGGCAGCUGACAGUAUACAACUACCGGGGAGGCCCUUGCUUUAGAUGUUUAUACCCGGUUCCCCCACCGCCUGAGACGGUGACAAACUGUUCCGAUGGAGGGGUGUUGGGAGUCGUUCCAGGUAUAAUGGGCUGCUUCCAAGCUCUAGAGGUCCUCAAAAUCGCCUCUGGGCAAGGCUCUUCCUGCGGCCAGCAGCUGCUGAUGUUUGAUGCUCAGGAUGCCAGAUUCAGAUCCAUCAAACUGCGGCCCAAGCAGGCUGGCUGCGCAGCGUGUGGCGAAAACCCCAGCGUGACCCGGUUAAUUGACUACGAGGCUUUCUGCGGGUCUGCCGCCACAGAUAAGUGCCGAAAACUUAACCUCCUGUCAGAAGAUCAGAGAAUUACAGUGCAGGAUUAUAAGUCAAUAGUGGACAUCGCAGGGCCCCAUAUCUUGUUGGAUGUGCGCCCUCUUGUGGAAGUGGACAUCUGCCACUUACCCUUCUCUCUAAACAUUCCUCUCUCCAGUUUAGAGGAAAGGAAGAGCGGACAGAUCCAGUUACUCCAGGAAAGAAUCAGCCAACUGAAACAGCAGAUUCCAGGUGACUGCCGGCCACCAGUGUAUGUCAUCUGCAAGCAGGGCAACGACUCUCAGAAAGCCGUGCAAGUUCUGGAGAAGAUGAGUGGAUCCGAAGUGGACAGUAUCAGAGUGAAAGACAUUUGCGGAGGCCUCAUGGCUUGGGCAAAGAAGAUAGAUCCAGCAUUCCCACAAUAUUAAAGCAUUUUAAUGUUUUCCUGUAAAUAAACUUCAUAUUAAGACUGACACAUUCCGGAUACCUUGUAUUUUAAUGUGCGGUUACCAUCUUGCUUGAAGGCAAGUCGUUGUUAUGGAUAAAUUACACAAUCCAUUCCUUCUUGUACCAGGAAUAAGUGACUUCCGUUUUUUGUAAUCUGAUGUAAGUGGAUAACAUGUUAGUAUGAACAUUGCAAAAUCAGGUCUGUCUUCCUGUUUCUUCAGCCACAUUAUUAGUAAUAAAGUGCAAGC